GGGAAGCUAAAUAUUCUCUUUUUAGUUUCUCCUCUUCCUCUCUAUUCUCCUAACCCUGCAGCCAUAAGAAGAAAGCGCGUAAAAUUGAAAACGCUGUUGUGCGGAAAGUGCCAUAGCCACCAAUUUCAAGCAAAUCUGUUGUCAAACACCGACAAAACUACCCAUUUGACAGUUUCGUAGUAAUGGACGAAGGAGAAGGGGGUUUGAAUUUUGAUUUUGAGGGUGGCUUAGACACUGGGCCAACACACCCAACUGCAUCUGUUCCAGUAAUACAGUCUUUCGAUCACACUGCAGCAGCCGCUCCGAGUGCUAAUAUUAACCCGCCUACUGUCUCGGCAGCUGUUGGCGGCCAAAGCGAUGUAGGAUUUGUUGGAAAUCGUCGGAGUUUCAGGCAGACUGUUUGCCGCCACUGGCUGCGGUCACUGUGUAUGAAGGGUGAUGCCUGCGGCUUCCUUCACCAGUAUGAUAAAUCACGAAUGCCCAUUUGUCGCUUCUUUCGACUCUAUGGUGAGUGCCGUGAACAGGACUGUGUUUAUAAGCACACGAUUGAGGAUAUCAAGGAAUGCAACAUGUACAAAUUGGGGUUUUGUCCAAAUGGUCCUGAUUGUCGAUAUAGACAUGCAAAGAUGCCUGGGCCUCCACCUCCAGUGGAAGAAAUCCUUCAGAAAAUUCAGCAUCUGGCAUCCUACAACUAUGGUUACUCAAACAGGUUUAAUCAAAAUCGAAAUGCUAAUUAUUCAACCCAGACAGACAAAUCUCAGGCUUCACAAGCACAGAAUGGAAUGAGUCUUGCUGUUAAAUCUACAGCAACUGAGACACCCAUUAUACAACAGCACCAGCCGCAUCAACAAGUUCAACCACCUCAACUACAGGGGGGCCCAACUCAAGCACAAAUUCAUCCCAAUGGCCAGCAAAAUCAAGCUGAUAGAACUGCAGUAGUCCUGCCUCAAGGAACUUCUAGGUACUUUAUAGUUAAAAGCUGCAACCGUGAGAAUCUUGAAUUGUCAGUACAACAAGGAGUUUGGGCAACUCAAAGAAGCAAUGAGGCUAAACUAAAUGAAGCUUUUGACUCUGUGGAAAAUGUCAUUCUGAUAUUUUCAGUCAACCGGACCAGACAUUUUCAGGGUUGUGGAAAGAUGACAUCUAGAAUUGGUGGCGCUGCUAAUGGAGGAAACUGGAAGCAUGAACAUGGAACUGCCCAUUAUGGACGUAAUUUUUCAGUGAAAUGGUUGAAGCUCUGUGAACUGUCCUUCCAGAAAACUCACCAUUUGAGGAAUCCAUACAAUGAGAACUUACCAGUGAAGAUAAGCAGAGAUUGUCAAGAAUUAGAGCCCUCUGUUGGUGGGCAGUUGGCUUCUUUGCUAUAUCUUGAACCAGAUAGCGAACUUAUGGCAAUCUCACUUGCAGCAGAAUCCAAGCGACAGGAAGAAAAGGCAAAGGGAGUGAACCCUGACAAUGGGAAAGAUAACCCAGAUAUUGUACCAUUUGAAGACAACGAAGAAGAAGAAGAGGAAGAGGAAGAAAGUGAGGACGAGGAUGAAAGCUUUGAUCAAGGUUUUGGACCAGCUGCGCUUGGUAGAGGAAGGGGCAGGGGAAUUGCAUGGCCUCCAAUUAUGCCUUUUGGACAUGGGCCCAGGCCUCCUCCUGGGAUGCGAGGCUUCCCUCCAGGCAUGAUGGGUGAUGGGUUUUCUUAUGGAGCUAUGACACCUGAGGGUUUCCCAAUGCCUGAUCAUUUUGGAAUGGGUCCCCGACCUUUUGGUCCAUAUGGCCCACCAUUUUCAAGUGAUUUGAUGUUUCAUGGCCACCCUCCAGCUGGUGGAUUUGGGAUGAUGAUGGGUCCUGGAAGGCCCCCUUUCAUGGGCGGAAUGGGUCCAGGAGCGACAGGCCCACCCAGAGCUGGCCGAGCAGUUGGAAUGCAUCCAUCAUUCGUUCCACCCUCAUCUCAGCCUUCUCAAUAUCCUUAUAGGGCUAAAAGAGAACAGCAGGCUCCAGUUAGUGACAGGAAUGAUAGAUUUAGCUCAGAUCAAGGUAAGGGUCAGGAAAUGAUGGGUUCAGUUGGUGGACCAGAUGGAGUACAUAUGCAAAUAGGGAAAUCUGAACACAAUAACCAGUUUGGUGCUGGAAACAGCCAAAAAAAUGAGGAAAGCGAAAGUGAGGAUGAAGCACCAAGAAGAUCAAGACAUGGGGAUGGAAAGAAGAAGAGGCGGGAUGUUGAUGAAGAUGCUGCAACUGGCUCAGAAAAAUAGGUGUUUGUAAAUCAAAUAUAGAAGUCAUCUUGUCUUUGCAGCUGUGUGACAUGCUCUACGGGGGCAAAUGCAACUAGCUUUUAUGUAGAAACCCAUCCACCAACCUGUUUUUGCAGAUUUAGAAAGAGAAAUUCAACUUGUACUCUUACUCUUAUGUCACGAUCCUGUCAGAGUAUUCGGGCCCGACUGAGAAAUUAACAAGAGGUUUAUAAUAUAAGUGCUGGUGUCUAAUUUGUGUAACAAUUAAAUUUUACAGCCUUUUAUUAGAUAAAUUUUGA